AACAAGCAGGAAACUUGCACAUUAGGGGUAAUCAUGUGUAAAGAGAAUAAUAGUGGCUGUCGAAAUCACUAACAGAGAAGUAGGUCAAGUUGCGGUGUUUCAGAACGAUUUAAUACAUCCCACCACGGCCAUCCUACGCAGUUUUAUUUAAAACAUGGAGAAGAAACAGACCAUCAAUUUUGGAGCGGGACCGGCUAAACUUCCACAGUCGGUUUUAAUCCAAGCACAGAAGGAGCUGCUGGAUUACAGUGGCACCGGGAUAAGCAUUCUUGAAAUGAGCCACAGGUCGUCCGAUUUCACCAAGAUCUUAAAUAAUGCUGAAAACCUUCUCCGUGAGCUUCUGAACGUACCUGACAACUAUAAGAUACUGUUCCUGCAAGGUGGAGGCUCGGGACAGUUCAGUGGCGUUCCUCUGAAUCUGAUUGGUCUGAAAGAGGACAGGUGUGCAGAUUACCUGGUCACGGGGACGUGGUCUGCGAAGGCGGCCAAGGAGGCAGAGAAGUAUGGGAAAGUGAACGUGAUCCAUCCAAAACUGGAUAGUUACACCAAAAUCCCAGACAGUAGCACCUGGUCACUGAAUCCUUCGGCGUCGUACGUCUAUUAUUGCUGCAACGAGACGGUGCACGGCGUGGAGUUUAACUUCAUCCCCGACACCAAAGGAGUGGUUCUCGUUAGUGACAUGUCAUCCAACUUCCUCUCCAGGCCGGUGGAUGUGUCAAAGUUCGGUCUGAUAUUUGCUGGCGCGCAGAAGAAUGUUGGUUGUGCGGGUGUGACUGUUGUCAUUGUCAGAGAGGAUUUGAUGGGAAAGGCUUUGAACGAGUGCCCGAUUAUACUGGACUAUCAGGUGCAGGCUGGCAACAACUCUGUCUACAACACUCCUUCAUGCUUCAGUAUUUACAUCAUGGGUUUGGUUCUGGAGUGGAUCAGGACCAACGGAGGAGCAGAUGCAAUGGAGCGGCUCAACAAACAGAAGUCUGCCAUCGUCUAUGACAUCAUCAUCAACUCUAAUGGAUUCUACUCAUGCCCUGUGGACAUGGCGUGUCGAAGCCGCAUGAACGUUCCCUUCCGUAUCGGAAAGAAGGAAGGAGAUGAAAGUCUUGAGAAGUCGUUCCUGGAUGGUGCCUCUAAACUUGGCAUGAUCUCACUUAAAGGACACAGGUCUGUUGGUGGCAUCCGAGCUUCCUUGUACAAUGCGGUGACUGUUGAAGAUGUGAAGGCUCUUGCUGCCCAUAUGGAAGAGUUCCUUAAGAAUCACCAGUAGCUUAAAGGCCUUUUUUUUUGUUGCAACUUGGAUUCAAAAGGGUUUCUUGAUUAUAGCGCAUUUAGACUGAAGUGACACUAACGGGAUUUAUUGCAACAAGUUGUAGCGGAUGAAUGGAAUAUAACAAAAACUCAAAUUCUCUUCAAUUUGAAAAGCAAAUUGUUGUCAUUGUUGCAUAAUGUUCUUUUUUUAACUGACCCUUUUAUUCAAAAUCUAGUGUGCCUUAAUGCUUGUAAAAUUGUAAUUGAAUUGUAUUCCAAAACAUUCCAUGUUUUACUAAUGUAAAUGUAUGUUAUUAGUGACUGAAUACUGUGAUACAAGCUAAAAUCAAAUAAAACACUACUAAAAU